UCUGUUACAGCAAGCCAGCAGCUGCCAGAGCUCCGAAUCUAUUGAGAAACAGACAGAGAUAAAUUGACCAAAGCAAAUAUUGUCAUUUCCUCAUCAUUUCACAAUCUCAAAAUUUUCAGCAUUCAACAUUUCAGUCUGAAUGAUUCCCUUCCCUAACUUCGAGCUUUUGCAAACCAAAUACCAGAACCCAGAAUCCGCUAAACAGUACAUAACCCAAGCAAAAUCUUGAAGCCAAGUGUAGAAAUGGCUGAUCUUGAUUUGCUGCUUCUCUUGUUACUCUCUCUUUCUGCUAUUAUCUCCCCUACUCAUGAAGCAGCUAUCACCUAUCUUCCUUCUGCCCAAAACAAUUUUUCAUCACAAUGCCCCGUGGACCUUAACUAUGUAUUGAGAAUCCCAUGGAACAAAACUGUUUGUCAAAAUUACCAGCCAUCCAAAAAUGACAGUUCCAAUUCCCAAAUUGAUAUGACCAAUAAGGAUCCAUGUUGCAUGGCCCUUCUUUCCCUCUUUGGGGUAGGCCUUGCUCAGCAUCUCAAGCAAACCUCUCUCUUUCAGCUUCCUAGCUUACCCACCUCUGUUUCUUGCCUUCAAUAUUAUCAAGCAAAGCUCAGCUCUCUCUCUCUUGCUGAUGAUAUUGUGUCUCACUGUUUUGAUCCUAUGCAGUUUGUAUUAACUCCUAAUUUAUGUGCCCACGUGCAGACUUCUCAGGAUUGGGUUGCAAAAUUGGGAAAAUCAACUGUUCUUGACUCUGCUUGCAAGCCUGAUCUUGUUGAUCUUACAUCUUGUAGUGCAUGUGUGGCUGCUGGUUUUAAGGUUCAAUCUGAGCUGAUAUUAAAAGAUGGCGAUAAUACUCAUGCCACAGAUUGUUUUUACUUUACAGUUUUGUAUGCUGCUGGUAUUGUUAACGAGUUUGGUCCAGAAAGUGAUGGUGCUGUUACAUGUAUAUUUGGGUUAGACUUGGAAUCUAACAUGGGUUCAUCUAGUAAAGCUCAUUCUGCUCUUGUUUUUGGCUUAACUGGUGCUGGUGUUGCUAUUUUGGUCACGUCUAGCUUGUUAGGAUUUUAUUUUUGGUAUGAUAAGAAACGGAGGAAGAAAAAUAUUUCUAGUUUUCCCUUUGAUUUGGAGGAUCAAGGGUCUAGGCCAAUACUGAGGCCAAAUACUGGAUCAAUUUGGUUGAAGAUUCAUGAUCUUGAAAAAGCAACAGAAAAUUUUUCACAGAAGAAUUUUAUUGGUAGGGGAGGAUUUGGUUUUGUUUACAAGGGGGUUUUGUCUGAUGGGACAACUGUAGCUGUUAAGAGGAUUAUAGAAUCUGAUUUUCAAGGUGAUGCAGAAUUUUGCAAUGAAGUUGAGAUAAUCAGCAACUUGAAGCACAGGAAUCUGGUGCCUCUUAGAGGGUGUUGUGUAGCUGAUCAAGAUGAAAAUUAUGCUGAAAAAGGGAGUCAAAGAUAUCUUGUUUAUGAUUACAUGCCUAAUGGGAAUCUUGAUGAUCAUUUGUUUCCAUCAUUUGAUGAUAAAACAAGGAAGAAUCUAUUGACAUGGCCUCAAAGGAAGAGCAUAAUUUUGGAUGUGGCGAAGGGAUUAGCUUAUUUGCACUAUGGAGUGAAGCCUGCAAUAUAUCAUAGAGAUAUUAAGGCCACAAAUAUAUUGUUAGAUGGUGAUAUGAGAGCAAGAGUGGCUGAUUUUGGUUUGGCAAAGCAGAGUAAAGAAGGUCAGUCUCAUCUCACUACAAGAGUGGCUGGAACUCAUGGAUACUUAGCUCCUGAAUAUGCUCUCUAUGGGCAACUGACUGAGAAGAGUGAUGUUUAUAGUUUCGGAGUAGUUGUUUUGGAGAUAAUGUGUGGGAGAAAAGCUCUUGAUUUCUCUUCAACAGAGUCGCCACGAGCUUUUUUGAUCACUGACUGGGUUUGGUCAUUGGUGAAAGCUGGAAAAGUAGAAGAUGUAUUGGAUACUUCUUUGCUGAGAGAUGGGGAUUUUUCGAGUUCGAACCCGAAGGCCAUAAUGGAGAGAUUUGUACUUGUUGGAAUUUUGUGUGCUCAUGUGAUGGUAGCUUUGAGGCCUACUAUAUUGGAUGCUCUGAAAAUGUUGGAAGGAGAUAUUGAAGUUCCAACUAUUCCGGAUCGGCCGAUUCCUUUCAGCCAUCCUUCCUCUUUUGGUGAUAGUGAUAGCUUCUGCAUCUCCCCAGCAUUGGGUUCUCCACAAGUGAAUAUUGGUUACAUGCUCAGAUAUGGCUGGGAAGAAGAAUAAGUUGUCUGAGGCGGCUCGUGCUGACCGUAAGGGCAAAUCUUUUGCUGGGGCAACCGGUCCC